UAAACAUAAAUGAAAAUGAGAAGAGGUGGCCCAUACACCAGAAUCACAAUACACACACAUGACAGUACAGAACAGCCUCUCAAACUUUCUUCAUCAGCAAUGGUCAUGACAACCCGGGCUUUCAGAUACGUGGGCCCCACUUGCAUGUGCAUUCUUCUCCCUCUCCAUUCUUCUCUCACUCUUAACUAACCAAAACAAACAAACAAACAAACAAACCAACAAAACUUUCUCAAAAUCAAAAACCAUUUCUUUCCAUCACCACUUUCUUCUCAUUAAUUUCUCUUCUUUUUCUCUUCAGUCUUCAACAACAAUGAAGAAAAACACCAACACCAGCAUCAUCAUGCUCAUAAACCCUUUAACUUUUUUCUUAUUCUUCUCCUUCUUUACCCUCUUCACUUACUCCCAAAACGACGACGUUUCAGUUAUGCAAACACUCAAAACAAAUCUCAACCCACCCAUUUCACUUGGUUGGUCCGACCCGGAUCCAUGUAAAUGGAAUCACGUUACUUGCUCAGACGAAAAACGGGUCACCCGAAUCCAAAUCGGUCGUCAGAAUCUUCAAGGUACACUCCCUCAAACUCUUCAAAACCUAACUCAGUUAGAACACUUGGAGCUUCAAUUCAACAAUUUCUCUGGUCCUAUUCCGAGUUUACACAAUUUAAACUCUCUUCAAGUUUUCAUGGCGGGUAGUAACAGCUUUUCAGCAAUUCCAGAAGAUUUUUUCGCCAAUAAGUCUCAGCUUGUUACUGUAGAGAUUGAUGACAACCCUUUUGAGCCUUGGGAGAUUCCUUUGUCUCUAAAAGACGCUUUGUCACUAAGGAAUUUUUCUGCUAAUAAUGCUAAUGUUAAGGGUAAGUUACCGGAUUUUUUUAGUGAUGAAGUGUUUUCUAGUUUGACCCUUUUGCAUUUAGCUUUCAAUAAACUUGAGGGUGGGUUGCCAAAGAGCUUUUCUGGGUUAAAUGUUCAGUCUUUGUGGUUGAAUGGUCAGAAGAGUGAUUCUAAGCUUAGUGGGUCAGUUGAUGUUUUACAGAAUAUGACUUCUUUGAGUGAAGUUUGGUUGCAUACUAAUAAGUUUAGUGGCCCUUUGCCUAGUUUUGAAGGGUUGGAAAGUUUAAAGGUUUUGAGUUUAAGGGAUAACUCUUUCACCGGUGUUGUUCCGAGUUCAUUGGUUAGCCUUAAAUCACUUAAAGUUGUGAACUUGACUAAUAACUUGUUUCAGGGUCCAAUGCCGGUUUUUGGUGCUGGAGUUGAGGUUGAUAAUAUUAAGGAUUCUAAUAGUUUUUGUUUGUCUAGUCCUGGUGAUUGUGAUCCUAGGGUGCAGGUUCUUCUUUCUGUUGUUGGGGGUAUGGGUUAUCCUUCGAGGUUUGCUAAUGAUUGGAAGGGGAAUGAUCCUUGUGCUGAUUGGAUUGGGAUUACUUGUAGUGAUGGGAACAUUAGUGCUGUUAAUUUUCAAAAGAUGGGUCUUAGUGGUGUGAUAUCUCCUGAGUUUGCUAAGCUUAAAUCGCUGCAAAAACUUAUUCUUUCUGAUAACAAUCUUACCGGUUCGAUUCCGAAUGAGCUUACUACUUUGCCUAUGUUAACUAAAUUGAAUGUUGCUAACAACCAUCUCUUUGGAAAAGUACCGAAUUUUAGGAGCAAUGUGAUUGUGACUACUAUUGGGAACAUUGAUAUUGGGAAGGAUACAAGCAGCUUUGCCCCUCAAGGUUCUGUGUCUUCUAAUGGUACUGAUGCAAGUGGUGGAAAUGGUGGGAGUAAUGGAAAUGAUGGCAAAAAAUCUUCUUCUCAUGUAGCUUUGAUUGUGUUUGCUGUGGUUGGGGCUGUUUUUGUUGCAUCUUUGAUUGGUUUCUUGGUUUUCUGCUUGCUUAGGAUGAAGCAAAAGAAGUUAAGUAGGGUUCAAAGUCCAAAUGCACUAGUUAUUCACCCUCGACAUUCUGGAUCAGAUAAUGAAAGUGUGAAGAUAACGGUUGCAGGUUCGAGUGUCAGUGUUGGAGGUGUGAGUGAAGCCCACGCCGUACCCAAUAGUGAAAUGGGAGAUAUUCAAAUGGUUGAAGCGGGAAACAUGGUAAUAUCUAUACAAGUUCUGAGGAGUGUCACAAACAAUUUCAGCGCGAAAAAUAUAUUGGGACAAGGAGGUUUUGGAACUGUUUAUAAAGGUGAACUCCACGAUGGUACAAGAAUCGCAGUGAAAAGAAUGGAGUGUGGAGCAAUUGUUGGGAAGGGUGAAGCUGAAUUUAAGUCUGAAAUUGCGGUUUUGACAAAGGUUCGUCAUAGGCAUCUUGUUACUCUUCUUGGAUACUGCUUGGAUGGGAAUGAGAAGCUUCUUGUGUAUGAGUACAUGCCUCAGGGGACCCUAAGUAGGCAUAUUUUUAAUUGGCCAGAAGAAGGACUCGAACCACUUGCAUGGAAUAGGAGACUAAUCAUUGCCUUAGAUGUGGCAAGGGGCGUUGAGUACCUUCAUAGCCUGGCUCAUAAAAGCUUCAUACACAGAGACUUGAAACCUUCAAACAUUCUUCUUGGGGAUGAUAUGAGGGCAAAGGUUGCUGAUUUUGGUCUUGUGCGUCUCGCUCCAGAAGGGAAAGCCUCAAUUGAAACAAGAAUUGCAGGAACUUUCGGAUAUUUGGCUCCAGAGUAUGCAGUUACCGGCCGUGUGACAACUAAAGUUGACGUGUUCAGCUUUGGUGUAAUAUUGAUGGAGCUGAUAACCGGAAGAAAAGCACUUGACGAUAGCCAACCUGAGGAUAGCAUGCACCUUGUAACUUGGUUCCGCAGAAUGUACGUAGAUAAGGACUCGUUCCGCAAAGCAAUUGACCCGACAAUCGAUAUCAAUGAAGAAACACUUGCUAGUAUUCACACAGUAGCAGAGUUAGCAAGUCACUGCAGUGCAAGGGAGCCAUAUCAAAGGCCUGACAUGGGUCAUGCAGUUAACGUGCUUUCUUCACUUGUAGAACAAUGGAAACCGUCGGAUACAAAUUCCGAAGAUAUCUAUGGAAUUGACCUUGACUUAUCUUUACCACAAGCACUCAAGAAGUGGCAGGCUUAUGAAGGUGCAAGUCAAUUGGAGUCAUCAUCUUCUUCGCUUCUUCCGAGUUUGGAUAACACACAAACAAGUAUACCUAAUCGCCCGUAUGGAUUUGCCGAUUCUUUCACGUCGGCAGAUGGUAGAUGAUCAUGCUUGGUUUUGUACAUAAUUGUAAGGUGGCUUCUUUUGUGUGUAUGUUGAUUCUAAUUACUUGCUGUGGUGGCUUUUUUUUCUAUGUGAAACUUGUUUAUCCCUUUUCAUGGUGUAGCUUUCUUUGAUGCUUAUACUCUCUGCGUAGCACUUAUUAAGGAGUUUUGCUGACAAAUUGAGAAGAUUGAGAUUCUCAGCUUAUCA